AUGACUUCACUGCGUCUUCGCAAUGGCAACAGCAAUGCCGUAUCAACCCCAGAAGACCCAUCCUCUCCUCAACAACCAUACCAGGGCGUCUCCACUCCUCGCAGCACCAAUCAAAAUGGUACACCACCACCAAGACCCGGACCAGGACACGCACUCGAAGCUCCUCGCCUCACCCUCGAGUGGAACGCUCUGCAACUGGAGGUGACAGUGCAGAACGCCCAGACCAAGGAACCAGAGCAGAAGAAAAUCCUCGAGACGAUGAGCGGCGUGGCUCGACCCGGGGAGUUAUUGGUGGUCAUGGGGCCUUCGGGUGCCGGUAAGAGCUCCCUGCUCGACUGCAUCUCCGGACGUAACACUGCCAUCAAUGGACAAGUGACAGUCAACGGGUCCCCGUGGACCAAGCAGCUCAAGCGCUUCGCUGCGUACGUCAUGCAGGAGGAUUUGUUCCACUCGACGCUGACUGUGAAGGAGCAUCUGGCUCUGCAGGCGCGACUGCGCAUGAGCGGCUCGUUCUCGAGAGAGCAGUACCUUGGACGGGUGGACACGCUGUUGGAGGAGUUCGGGCUGGCCAAGAGUAAGGACACGCUCAUUGGCGGCUGGAUGCAGCGCGGCAUCUCAGGUGGUGAGCGGAAGAGGCUGGCGCUGGCCACGGAGCUGCUGACCAACCCAUCGGUGCUGUUCGCGGAUGAACCGACUUCGGGGCUGGAUAGUUUCAUGGCCAAGUCGGUGGUGCAGCAGCUGAGGAGGCUGGCGGUGCACGAAGGGAGGACGGUCGUGGCCACGAUCCACCAGCCGUCGUCCGAGGUGUUCGCGCUCUUCGACCGCCUGGAGCUGCUGGCGGACGGAGCGACGAUUUACCAGGGCAAGGCGACGAACGUGGUGCAGUACUUUGCGAACUGCGGCUAUGAAUGCCCGACGUUUAUGAACCCGGCCGACUUCUUCAUGGAGAAGAUCGUGGUGGUGGAUGCCGACACGGACGCGGCUGGCGUGGGGCGAGUCCGAGCCUUGAAGGAAGCUUGGAAGACGUAUGCGGCUCAACAGAGUAACGCGAUUGAAGUGGUAAACCCGCAGGAUGUCAACGGAUCGAUGACAAGCGGGAACGUGGCGUCGAUAACUGCCUCAAACGCAGAGACAUUGGAGUUUGAGGACUCGCGGGCGUCCGUGUGGGGCCAGAUCCACGUCUUGGCGACGCGCAACGCGAUGCGGUUGCUACGCGAUAAGACCGCGCUGAGACUGCAGAGCGUGCAGACUCUGGUGACGACGCUGCUCGUGGGCAUCAUCUUCUUCCAGCUGACUCUGGACCAACAAGGCGUGUCGAACUUCUCCGGAGCCUUCUUCUACAUCGUGACGGAGCAGGUCUACGGAGCGUCCAUGCCGGCCAUCAUGUCCGUGCCCAUGGAGCUGCCCAUUGUGUACCGCGAGUACGACAUCGGACUCUACUCUGUGGCGUCUUGGUACGCGGCCAAGAACCUGUGCGAGCUGCCUCAGCAGGUCGUACUGCCCAUCAUCAGCCUGCUGCCGCUCUACUUCCUGGUGGGCAUCGGCCACGACUUCAGCAUGUACAUCCAGAUGCAGCUCGUCAUGAUCUUGCUGCACAGCGCGUGUGUGGCGUUUGGCUACUGCAUCUCCUGUGUGUGUCGACGCAUCGACAUCGCGCCACUGGCAGGCAACAUCGUGCUGAUGCCUCUGCUGCUGCUUGGCGGUCUCUUCAUCGACCCGAGCGACGUGCCCGCCGUGCUGCGCUGGGUCCAGUACAUUACGCCUUUCCGAUACGGAUACUACGGGCUCAUGCGCGUGUUCUGGCGACGAGUUGACGAGAUCUCAUGUGACGACGUGGCCGCUGCAGCGACCUGUGCAGCUCGCACUGGACUGGACGUGCUGGCGAACAAGGGCAUCUCCAACAGAUCCGUUGCGUCAGACUUGUGGUUGCUGCUGGUACUAAGCGUCGGUUUCCGGGUGGUUGGCUACAUCGCACUCGCCGUGAACGUUGGGAAGCGCAAGUAA